AGCACAGCGGCCGCCCGCAGCCCUACUCCUUUGAGCGCCUGGCGUUCGGAGCCUGCGCGGGCCUCAUCGGCCAGUCGGCUUCGUACCCUCUGGAUGUGGUGAGACGGCGCAUGCAGACCGCCGGCGUGACGGGCCACACGUACGGCACCAUCCUGGGCACCAUGAGGGAGAUCGUCUCCGAGGAGGGCGUUGUCCGCGGACUCUACAAAGGUCUCAGCAUGAACUGGGUCAAAGGGCCUAUAGCUGUGGGGAUCAGCUUCACCACCUUUGACCUGACGCAGAUUCUCCUGAGGAAGCUGCGUCAGAUGGGUUACAUCCAGUAGUUCUGACGGCGAGGAGGGCGGGAUGACAUGCUCACUCAGAAAAAGUUUUUUUGUUGUUCUGGAAAGAAAGAAACGCACAGUGACUCAGGAUGUGCUGCUAGUAUUAACGUCAAGUGCAAUAUGAUCAGUCAUUUUAUGCGCGCGCACACACACACACACACACACACACACACAAUGUCUCUUUAUCCUUGUGGGGACUUUCCAUUGAUUUC